AUGGCCUCACUUAAAAAUACAAUUGCCUUGUUUAUAUCACUUUAUGUGAUAUUAGUUGGCAAAACCGAUGCGGCAGUUACUGGAUGCUCAGCUGACAAGCAAAGAUGCAUAAACAGUUGUAUGGAAAGACAUAGGUCUGGAAGUCUCAGUUUCGUAACAAUGAAUCUGGUAACUUUGAAUUUUGAUGAUUUUUUUAGUGUAAAGGAAGGUGUUUGUUAUCUGAGUGUGUGUUUUACCCAAGAGCGGAAAAGAAAAUAUAAAACAUUGAAAAACAAAAACGAAUCUAAAGAUUCCAAAACGAAACAGCACAUAUUCAAUUCCUUGAAUAAGGGAUUUAUAUUUGGUUUUGUAAACAACAACUACAUCAUAAAAAGAAAUUUAAAUCUUUGUGCAAACAAAUUUUCACGGAACAGCCCAGAAAUGGAUUUAAUAAGGUCAACGGUAAAUAAUCCAAGUAGUGACCUGGGACGCUUAAUUAAACCAAUUGAUAUCUCAGAUGUGUAUCUGCUUAGGGAAAUGGAAGAAUUGAUGAAAAGAGGAAUUUCAAUUAAUAAAAUUAAAGAGUUGUUCUUUGAACCGAAAAUGGAGUUGUCGGACUACUAUGAAGUAGAAAAUAUAUACACACACCCAUUUAAAGAAUACACAACACCAACAGGAAAAAUAAUUAAAGAUGAAGUUAAACUGAUAGGGCGAGAUUACGAAAUGUAUAAGGAUAAUAAGUUUAACCUGGAAAAAAAUAAAUAUAAGUUGGAAGAUGUGCUCUGCCAGACACUUAUUUCAGCAAUACUGGAGUACGAUCGUUAUACGAGACUUCACACAAAGGAAAAAAAAGUACCAACAGUGGACCUGUCAGAAUAUAUAGAGAAAAUCGAGAAGGAACAGGGCAAUAGUGUGGCUCCUGAAGAUCAGGAGAGUCCGGAAAUAUUGAAAGGUUUUCUUACUGAUUCGUUUGUACUAGCUGAGAAUAACCUGCCGAUCUUCUUUCAAGCUUGGAACAGAGAAUAUCUGAAGGGAUUGAAUGAUAUGAGGGAUAGAGGAGCUUCAUACGAGGAGAUAGAUAAAUACAACCGGAGUUACUUGAAUAGAAUCCUUGAAUUUAACGCUAAGCUGAUAAAAAACCUUAGAAUAUAUCAGCAACUGACAAACGAUUUUAAAUUCAAGAACUUGUUCAAGGAUAUGAUAAACUUUUAUGAAGGGAAUAAGGCGGAUAAGUGGACAGAGUAUCUGAGUAACGAUUUGUUGGAAUUUCUGCACAAACAUUCAUCAUUAGAAUCACAGCCUGGCCAAAAAGGAAGGGCAGGGGUCGACAUAGACUUUGAAUACCUUAAUACAUACCUCAAGUUGCUAGAAACGAACUACAUCGCUAAAGAGAAGUAUAAAGAGGAUCAUAAAUUGUUCAACCAAUAUUUUGAAUCGAAGAAAUAUUUCGAAAAUAAUCUCGCCAAGACCAGUGCCAUAUUGGAUAUGGAAAAUUAUUAUAAAAUAUUGAAGGAAAUAGUAAUAUCGAAUCCAGCAGAAGACUUGGGAAAGUUGACAAAAGGAACAGUGCAAAGAUUCUUUACAUCAUUCAUACCGCCCAAAAUGAGGAAAUCGCACAUAAGUAGAAUGGUUAACAAAAUAGCAGAGAGGUUAAACGAUGUAGACAAUGAAAACGUAGGAAAGAUAAUUAAUCUGAUAAAUAAAUACACACACAGCGGAAAGAAGAAUACUGCAGACGAUUAUACAUGGUUUGUAAAUGAAGUGGUGAAGGAUAAUGAAAUAGAUAUGAAUGUAAUAAUAGAUAAAAUAGUGGAGAUGGACAGAAGUAAUGUGAAGAGAGGAGAGACAAAUCAGUUAAUAAAGUUAGUAGAAACAGCAAAUAAAGAGAGUGUGGAUGAACAAGGUGUGAAUGGAGUACCAGAAAGGAGAAGAGAAGGCGAGAAUGAGUCAGAAUCUGCAUAUGGAGAACACGAGAGGAUUAGAGAGUUGAUAGACAAGGAAGGAGAGGAGUUGGAAAUAAAGCCGAUAGGCCACGACUUUAAGAACAUUCUGAGCUUUGACAAGUUUGAGGAAGCGUACAAAAGGUUUAACCUGAAGCACUUUGGAACUGAGGACUACAAAUUGUACAAGGGGCAGCUGGUGAAGGGGAAGGUGUACAGAGUGGAAAGAUCGACGGUGGAAGUGGACAUACACGCGUACGCACUGGCGAAGCUGACCCUGGACAGAUUCUACAACACGCCCUCAGAAGUGCCACUUAAGGGGUUUCUAAGUGUCUUUAAGGAAGGAGACGAGUUAAUAUUUGAGGUGGAUGAGAUAUGGGACAAUGAGAUAAAGGUCUCUCUGAAAAAAAUUAGAAACUACCACAAAUAUAAAAACAUUCUGAAUCAUAAAAAGAGGAAUGAGAUAUUUUAUGUGAAGGUACUCCAAAGGUAUACAAAGGGAGUGUUGGUACAAUACGUACAGGGACCGGUCGAUGAAAAAAUCUUGUAUGGUAUCACUACUUCAGAUGGCACUAACACACGAGAGAUGAAAGGCGGAGAGGGCGUUGAGAAGGCAGGCGAUGGAGAAGACAAAGAUAAAAUGGAGGAGAAUGGUAACGAAGACGAGUCUGAUUCAUUUGAUAUGUAUAUUACGGAAAACAUGAAGAAAAAGAACGAGUUCGGUGAAAUAGCCUUCAUACCAAUACUGGAGUUGAGUAAAAUUUACAAAGGUAAGGCCAGAGUGUAUGACAUAAACCUGGUCGGAAAGAUAGUGCCGGCGACGUUCUCAUCGUACGAAUUCGCAAAUCAAAUACCAAUUCUGUCUACAAAAAAGGCGUUGAAGAGAAUGCAAAUGAUGAACCUGAGGAAAGGAGACAUAGUGAAGGGCAACGUGAAGGAGUACACGCCCUAUUACGUAGUAAUCAAGUUUGGAUGUUUGGAGGGGAUUCUGCACGUCAGAGACAUGAACCCGGAGAAUUACAAGCAGCACUUGAUAGACUAUCCCAAGUCGAUUCUGGCGGAAGUAAAAUACGUGAACCCAGUAAGUGGCGCCACGGAAACGAUACUGUUGAGCACCAAGGACCUGUUCGAAGUGACAGACAGGAGGCUCGUGGACGCAAAUUCGUUUAUAAAGAGGUUUAAGGGCGCGCAGAUGACAAAACACAUCAGUAGGUACAAUACAUUUGCCAACUCCAGGAAUGUGUCCGAUAAGGCCACCGCUAGUGCCAGUACUAAUGCCAUUGCCAAUGCUAAUGCUGAUAGCAGUGCUAAUGUCAAUCUUGAGACUAUUGCUAUCACUAAUGCUAAAGGCAAUGCAAAUGCCAACGCUGAGACUAGUGCCAAUGCUAAUGUCAUCCCUACGGCCAACGAUGUCAAUUCGGACUCCGACAAAGCUGACGAGGCAGACGCCGAUAGCACAAGUGACGAGUUUGAGUACGAGUACGAUGCCGAGGACGAGAAGUACCUCGAAAGGGUGCAGCCACCUGGGCUAGGCAUGGUCGAGUGGAAACUCGAGGGCGAUAAGCUGGUUGACGACCCGAGCCUGAUGCACGGCUACAACCAGCACACGUGGUACAUCCAGCUGGACAAGUGGACGCCCUUCCCCAGCGAGGUGCAGGACUCGCUGAACUACCAGUUCAACAACCACAAUCAAGUGGCCUACUUCAACUACCUAGGUGACUCGUACAAGGUGCUCUUCGACGACAACGUGGCCUUGUCCUUCAAAAGGGGCGUAGAAUAUGUUUUCAACAUCAAAAGGGUCAAGCUGUUAUAA